AUGACUUCUUUUUCACAGGGUCUUGUUUUCACUACUGCUAUGGUUGUCUCAAGCACCAUGCUUUAUCUAGUUUUCUCGAGGCAGAAGAAUAACCCAAACCCAUCAUUUCAAAUUCAAGGAAAUCAUGUUCUUCGCUCUUGUUUGUGUUCAGAGGAAAAGAAAACGGAGAGAAAGAUGAAUACGAAGAAGACUAAGAAGAAAGUUAGAUUUGAAGAAAGUGUGAAGGAAGAAAGAGAGAACAAGAGUGAGGUGGUAAGGAAAGAGAAACAGAGGAAGCAAAACAGAGUAUAUAGCAAUUGCGGAAGUGAAACGUCGAAAAGUCGUGGUAUUCCGGCUAAUAGAAUCGCUUUGUUCAACGGAAUUUUGAGAGACCGUGUUCACAGAAUGGAGUGUUGUCACUGA